CGAGAGAUGAAUUAUUCAACUUUGAAUAUGUUUAAACAAUAAGGUCAUUUGUACAAUAAACGAAUCUCGAAUCACUAUAUAAUGUGAUGUAUGAAUAGGCGAAUUAUUACAAUUGAAAUUGAAAAUCUUGUAGUAAGAUGAAAUUGACGAUGAUUAUGUUCGCUGUAUUUUGUAUCGUCGGUGCGAUGACGGUGAUCAAAGCAACAAGCAUAGAUAUAGCAGCUCAUCCUAACGAAAUAGAUGCAGAUUAUCAAAAGGAAGGUGGACUGAAAUCUAUAUGCAAUGUAUUCAAAGAAUCGUACAUGAAAGGACGCCGUCACAUAUAUGCAGUUAUUGAUAAAUAUAUACGAAAAGACGAUUUAGGCACAAAGAUGCAUGAAGUUGCCGUAAUCCUUGGAGGACGCAUUGAGAAACGUAUGAAAUACUUUGCGAUGCAUCUAGACAAGAUGUUGAAUUUUGAAUCAUCUUAGAUUUAUCUUAUAAAAUGGUAGUUAAUAUUGUUGUGAAUUUCAGACGCCAAUUUCUGUUUAUCACUAUCUUAAUAAAUUUGAGUAAAUAAUAAUAAAUAUUAAUGAGAA